AUGAUACAAUUAAAUGAGAGAUGUAAAUUUGUUAAAACGAGAAGUGGUAUUGUUGAAGGUAAACAGUUGCAUUGUAAUAAAGGUUCUAUUAAUGUUUUCCUUGGUAUUCCAUAUGCAAAACCACCAACGGGUGAGCGUCGAUUCAAGAAACCUGAAAUAAUUACACCAUGGACUGGCAUUAUGAAAUGCAAACAAUAUCGAAGCCGAGCACCUCAAAAAGAUUUUUUUUGGGAUCGAAUAGAUUUACGUGUUGGCAAGAAUGAAGAUUGUCUUUAUUUGAAUAUUAUCACACCGGGAUGGAAGCCACAACCUGAAUUUAAGAGCGGUUUUCCGGUAAUGUUUUACAUUCACGGUGGUGGUUAUAUGAUCGAUUCAGCUGUAAAAUAUCAUUACUCGAAAAUUGCUAAACUUUUAGUAUCUAAGGAUGUUAUUGUUGUAACAAUUCAAUAUCGCCUUGGCUUUCUUGGUUUUUUUACUACUAAUGAUGAGAUUUGCCCGGGUAAUUUUGGCAUUUGGGAUCAGAUUAUGGCCUUAAAAUGGAUAAAAGAGAAUAUCGAAUAUUUUGGCGGUGAUUCGGAUCGAAUUACUGUUAUUGGCCAAAGUGCUGGUGCUGCAUCUGCUGAUCUAUUAGCUUUGUCACCUUAUAGCCGAGAUCUCUUCAAGCAAAUCAUAUUAUUGGGCGGUAAUGCCGAAUGUUCCUGGGCAGUAUCAGAUGCUAAAACUGUAAGCGAUUAUUGUCAUCAAAAAGCUCGAAAAUUAGGCACUGAUAAUGCAAAAAUGAUAAAAUUUUUGCGUAAAUUACCCGCUUCAAAAUUUGCUUCGAGAUUAAUUGGUAACAAAGAUUUAUUUACCACUGGUCGUUUACCAUUAGCACCGAUUAUUGAUGGUGAUUUAUUGCCGUGUCCCAUUACUGAACUUCGAAAACAAUCACCCACAAAAUCUUCCAUUGUUGGUCUAACCGAAGAUGAAGGCUUACUUUUUGCAGCAAUCGGUCGAUUGGCAUGUGAUAUGGAUGAUGUUAAGAUGGGAAUUGAACUGAUAAAGAAUAGCAUGAAAGGAAGUGAAAUUGAUGCUGAAGAAGUGAUCAGUGAAAUUUACUUAAAUCGUGAUAACAAAUGUGACAGUGCUAACAACAGUCGUCGAAAUGUCCAACGAGCAUUUAUUGACAUGCUUGGCGAUUUAACUAGUAAUUAUGGGACACAAUUAUAUGUGGAUAAAUUAGUUGAACGAGGUGAAACUGUUUAUAUGUAUUCAUUAGAGCAUUGUAAUCCGGCUUGUUAUGGCUUACUCAACUUUUAUCUUCCAUUCAAAACAGCUACACAUGGAGUAGAUUUAAUUUAUUUAUUGGAUGCUAACAUUUUCUUAUCACCAUUUUUUAAAACAACAACUGAUAAGCAAACUACACAUUUCUUGACGCAAUCGAUAGCUAAUUUUAUUAAAUAUCGUAAUCCAAAUAUUAUCAAUGAUAAAAUGGAUUAUGCAUUUCCAUUUGUAUGGAAACCGGUUACAUUAGAUAGUCAUGAGCAGCAUUUACGAAUUGCGCACACUAUCGAAAUGCGCAAUGAAUUUAAAAAUGGACGAAUGAGGCAGUUAAAAAAUAUUUUUGGCAAUUUAAUCUUAAAAUGA